CGCCUAAGGUCCACUUUGUGCAGGUACGUUCGGUCGUAUCCAUAGGUCAACGACAGGAAUGGUUGAGGACCUCGCGCGCCUAUCAAAAUGCGUCAUUCAAUUCCGAGCUUCUUAUCAAUGUUGCGGACCAACGACCAACACCGUUAAUACCUGACCUUGCCACCAAUAACGUCGUAUCGAGGAGACAUUGUUGUUCGGAUAUCAGCAAGUGCUGCUAUUCCAUCAUCAAGAACCAACGACAAUCGCGCUUCAAGCACAUAAGUCAUCAUGGGCAAGAAGCGCGUCCUCGUCAGUUAUGGUGUCGAUAUUGAUGCCGUUGCCGGCUGGUUGGGCUCCUAUGGAGGUGAAGACUCAACCAGCGACAUCAGCAGAGGUCUCUUCGCCGGCACGCAUGGCACACGACGCCUUCUCAAGCUGUUCGAAAAGUACGGCAUAACAGCGACAUGGUUCAUCCCGGGGCACUCCCUCGAGACAUUUCCCGAGGAAUGCGCCAUGGUUCGCGACGCCGGCCACGAGAUCGGUCUGCACGGGUACUCCCAUGAGAAUCCCUCGGACAUGACAUUCGAGCAACAACGCGACGUCCUCGACAAGACGUUCAGAUUGCUCACCGACUUCUGCGGCAAACCGCCCCGAGGCAGCGUCGCUCCAUGGUGGGAAGUCAGCGAGGCGGGCGCCGAGUUAUUGCUGUCCUACGGCAUCGAGUACGACCACAGCAUGGGCCACGAGGACUGCCAGAUGUACUGGUUGCGCAUGGGCGACACGUGGACCAAGAUCGAUUACUCGAAGAAGGCCGUCGACUGGAUGAAGCCCCUUGAAAAGGGCAAAAUGACUGGCCUCGUCGAAAUUCCUGGGUCGUGGUAUAUUGAUGAUUUGCCGCCUAUGAUGUUCAUAAAGGGCUCGGCGAAUAGUCACGGGUGGGUCAAUCCUAGGGAUAUCGAGGAAAUCUGGAAGGACCAUUUCGACUACUACUACCGUGAGUUCGACGAGUUCAUUUUCCCCAUGACUAUCCACCCAGAUGUAUCUGGACGGCCGCACGUCAUUCUCAUGCAUGAACGUAUCAUCGAAUAUAUCAACAAGCACGAGGGCGUUGAAUGGGUGACCAUGGGCCAAAUGGCCGAUGACUUCAAGAGCAAGAACACCGCGCCCGAAGGUGCAAUGAUGCCAGCUCCGGCGGGCGAGAUGCUGAAGCAACCUCCCCGAAAUUAGUCUAGGCGUGACUUCCCAUAUGAAUAUAUUCAAUCUACACUACAACUCUUGAAACUCCACAAUGUGACUUACUCAAGUACGG